UUCUUUAGGUUAUGCCCAUAGCCUAGUGCUUGUCCGCUUUUAUUAAAAAAAAUCGUUAUUUGUAUUUUGCAGUUUGUAAUACCAUGUGUUAGAACAUGUAUUAUUUGUAGUUAGAUGAAUGAAAUUGCAAACGAAUUACCUGUUCGGUUAUGUUUAAAGUCCCGGCACGUAUAAUUACUAUUUUAGCGACCUCUCAAAGAUAUCGUAAUAUAAGCAUAACUUCUCAGUUACUUAAAGGUAUUGGUAUUAUGAAGGUUGGAACACAUGAUGGAGUCUUUCAUUGUGAUGAAGUUCUCGCCUGCUAUAUGCUCAAACUCCUUCCUGAAUACAGUGAUGCAAAAAUUGUUCGCACUAGAGAUUUGGAAAAACUUAAAAUGUGUGAUAUAGUAGUUGAUGUUGGAGCCGAGUUUGACCAUGAAAGAAAAAGAUAUGACCAUCAUCAACGAGAGUUCAAAGAAACAUUAAGUACACUAAAGCCAGAACUUGGUAAUAAGUAUAAAAUUAAGUUAAGUUCUGCUGGACUUAUUUAUGCAUUUUAUGGUGAAAAGAUUAUCCAAUCCCUUGCACCAAAACAGUGCCCCUUACUUCCAGACAACCUUCAAAUUAUUUUUAAAAAAGUGUAUGAAUAUUUUAUAGAGGAAAUGGAUGCUAUAGACAAUGGAGUACCUAUGACAGAUGAGGAGGAACCAAAGUACAAAAUAAGAACACAUUUAAGUGCUAGAGUUGGCAAGCUGAACGCUGAAUGGAAUACAUUGCAAACUAGUAAUGUAGAUGAACUUUUUGAAAAAGCAAUGAAAAUGGUCAGCGAGGAAUUCUUAAAUGUAGUUAACUAUUUCAUAUCUGUCUGGCUUCCAGCAAGAGACUAUGUUAAAACUGCCUUAGAAACACGAUUUGAAGUGCAUAAGUCUGGUAAAAUUUUGGAGUUUAAAGAACGGUUUCCAUGGAAAGAACAUUUAUUUGAUUUAGAAGAAGAAAUGGAAUUGAUUGGAGAAGUUAAUUAUGUUGUUUUUAAUGAUAAGCCAAAAUCUUGGAGAGUCCAAGCUAUACCUGUAGCACCAGGUAGUUUUGUUACAAGAAAACCAUUGCAUGAAAAGUGGUGGGGUGUCCGUGAUGAUUUACUAUCAGAAGUUGCUGGUAUUAAAGACUGUGUAUUCUGUCAUAGCACAGGUUUUAUUGGAGGAAAUUGUACAAGAGAAGGUGCAAUAGCCAUGGCAGAAAAAAGUUUAAAUGCUUGAUUUUAGAGACUAAACUUAUUGUACCAAAACUAUUUCAGAUGCUCUUAAUUUUAUAGGAAAAUUGUUUUUUUACACUUCUUUUUAAUUUCACAAUAUAUGCAUUAUACAAUUUAUUUUUAGUUGAUGUGAAUUCAUUACUGAUAUU